AUGACUAGUACUGACAUAAGCCGAGCCAAAGGUAGAUACGCGGGUCUUAAAACGUAUUUAAAAUCGGUUUUGAGUGAUUUAAAUGAUUAUGUUUCCUCCGAGAGUUAUUGCGAGAAAGACAAGCUUUUGGGAUUGAAAAAUAGUGUUGUCGCCAUUGUUGGACAAUUAGGCAUUGUUCACAAUGAAAUUCUUAAUUUGAUUGAGCCUAAGGAAAUUGAACCGGAAGUUGUAGACCAUAUGAAAAGCCUACAGCCUGUUCAUAGGAUUCUAGCAACAGUAGAUUUGAAACUGGAAAAACUAACGCAAAGUCAAAGUCCUAUGACUAUGAGUAAUAUGAGCAGUUUUACUAAUAGUGUAGUUCAAAGCACAAGCCAGUCUGUUCAAUGUAGAUUGCCUAAGAUGCAAAUGCCAGAAUUUGAUGGGGAUCCACUAACAUGGCAAGGGUUCUGGGAUCGAUAUCAAGUUUCAAUCCAUAGUAAUGCUAACAUUAGCGAAAUAGAUAAAUUCAAUUAUCUUAAAGGAUGUCUAAGGGGAGAAGCUCUAGCUGCAAUAUCCGGUUUGAUGUUAAGUUCAGAUAAUUACAAAGAGGCUAUUCAGCUAUUAAAGAAUAGAUUUGGAAAUGAACAGCUAUUAAUAUCUAGCCAUAUGGAGUCAUUACUUAAAAUUAGUAAGAUUAGAUCUCGGGAAAGUACUAGAGAGCUUAGAAUGUUAUACAAUCAUGUUGAAAAUUGCAUUAGGAAUUUGAAAUCCUUAAAAUUGGACACUACUGGGUAUGGUUCCCUAUUAAUCCCUAUUCUAAAGGACAGGUUACCAGAUGAAGUUACCAUGAUAAUCUCUAGGAAGUUUGGGAAAAAUAUUUGGACUUUAGAUGGGGUAAUGGAAUAUUUUAACGAUGAACUAAGUGCACAAGAAAAUUGUUCUUCACCACCUAAUGAGCCUGAUAAGCAUAGGAAAGCAGGAUACUAUACCACAAGCGGCUUAUUUAGUCAAGCAAGUAAAGGUUCAUGUGCAUAUUGUAAUAAGGAAGGGCAUUUCCACUCUAAAUGCACUAUUGUCUCUAGUCCAGAGUCACGUAAGGUUAUUCUUCGUAGAAAUAACAGGUGUUUUAUUUGUCUUGACAAGGGUCACAUAGCUGGAAAUUGUACAUCUUCCUAUGUUUGCCGGAGAUGUAAGGGUGGUAAACACCAUAUCUCUAUUUGCACUUUUGCUUCACAUAGACCUCCCGCAGAUGCCCAAGAUAAUACUGAUAAGGAAAAUAAAAGAGAGGACUUUGUAGGCCACACUGGUUGUGAUAAGAAUGGGAUAUUAUUGCAAACAGCCAGAGUAGAUAUACGCCCCAUGGACGAGUCUGAGCAAGUUAGUACUAGAAUACUAUUCGACAGUGGUAGUCAGCGGACAUAUAUAUCGGAAAAGGUUCGAAAUAGACUUAGGUUGAAGGCAUUAAGAUCAGAGAAAGUGAUAAUUAAGACUUUUGGUCAGAGUGAGGCAAGUGAGGUUCAAAGAUUGGAUGUAGUUCAAUUGAAGAUUAAGAGUAAAUGUGAUAAUGUGUUUAUGUGUAUUGAAGCAUUAUGUGUUCCCACUAUAUGUAGCCCACUAACAAAUCAAAAUCUGUCUAGUGUACAAGGAUUGUCUGAGUUCAGAGGGUUGCAAUUUGCAGACUUUGAACAUCAAGAUUCCACAAAUUUACCAGUAGGCAUCUUAAUUGGUAUUGAUUACUAUCAUAUAUUCAUGACUGGUGAAGUAAUUAGAAGUAAGGACGGUCCUGUAGCUAGUAGUACGAAAGUAGGCUGGGUAAUGAGUGGUCGUUUAGGUUCAGCUUCGUCUGAUAUACACUGUUUAGAGACAUAUUUGCUACGAACUACAGUGGAACAUGUAGAUGAGGGUAAUGAUUUACGACAAGAGUUACAAAAAUUUUGGGAUGUUGAGAAUGUAGGACCUUCCACGGAUUGCGUUACUAGUAAAUUUGAAGAAAAUAUAAUGCACAACGGUACUCGUUAG